CUCACAUCUACUGUUGCUCCAGGUUUCUCUGAGCUUGCAACACAUUCACUUGCCCAGGCCCCACCACAAGUGAAUAAGGAUCACAGCCAGCCAACAGUGAUGGUUACUUACUUGCCCCGAGAGAUUUGCAGGCGCGCACAGACACACAACCCACAGGUGUCCACCAGUAAUCGACCUUGGGUCUUUCAUAUCCCAGAUUCCCACCAUCUCUAUAUAUUUUCAUGCCAAUCUUUUCGAUCACUUCAUCCUCCCGUCAACAACAAUGGCUGAGAUCCAACCCAGCACCACUGACCAGGUGGUUGUUGAUGUCCGAGUUGCUGAGACAACUGCCAGGGUUCAAACUCUUAGUAUUCAUGAUCACCAAUCUUCCACACGACAACGCUAAUCCCACCGCGAGCCAGCUCACCAAAAUGACGGAGGAUUUGCAUCGCGAUAUUACCGAACGACUGCGCUGUCUCGAACUCCAGAUCAGGAUCACAAGCCAUAUGUUCAUUGGAGUGGCACAGACUGUGGGAGAUGACCCCACCAAUCUCGUCAAAGUUAAAGACGAGAUGCUUGCAGGAGAUGAGAAAUGAGGAGGAAUGUCUGGCCCGAGAGAGGCUAGCUGUGCUCAAACAGAGAGUGCCAUCUGCGGGUAAUUCUGAUUAAAUACAGUUUUUGUCUUUUUUGAAAGCACAUGGCAUUUAUUGCUAGCAUAGUGUUGAUUGUUUUGGUUUUCCAAUGAUGCCCAGUCGAUUUCCUGUCGUUCUGGCAGAAACCUUACUGGAAGUAUGCGUC